CUCUCGUUGUGCGCUUCUUAACCAAGCGGUUCAUCUGGGAGUACGAUCCAACGCUUGAGUCUACUUAUCGCCAUCAAGCCACCAUAGACGACGAAGUCGUUUCCAUGGAAAUACUAGACACAGCUGGCCAAGAAGAUGCUAUUCAGAGAGAGGGACACAUACGAUGGGGCGAAGGCUUCGUGCUGGUUUAUGACAUCACCGACCGGGGGAGCUUCGAAGAAGUCCUUCCCCUUAAGAACUUGCUGGAUGACGUGAAAAAACCCAAGAAUGUCACUUUGAUCCUAGUCGGGAACAAGGCGGACCUGGAUCACUCCAGGCAGGUCAGCACAGAAGAAGGGGAAAAGCUGGCCACCGAACUCGCUUGCGCCUUUUACGAAUGCUCCGCUUGCACGGGGGAAGGCAACAUCAUGGAGGCCUUCUACGAGCUUUGCCGGGAAGUGCGGCGUCGGAAGAUGGUCCAGGGCAAGACCCGGAGACGGAGUUCCACCACUCACGUCAAGCAAGCGAUUAACAAGAUGCUCACCAAAAUCAGCAGUUAA